AUGGCCGGGGGUGUGUGGGGCCGGGCCUGGGGGGCCCCUGUGGGGGCCCUCACCCUGACGGCUCUGGCUGAAGGGAUCCGGGCCAGCCAGGGGGAGUCCAUGGGAGCCCCUCCCAAGGACCCUGAGCCCGAACCUGAGCCAGAACCUGAGGGAGAGCCUGGAAGCGUCCCCUCCGCUCCGACAGCUGUCCUGGAGCCCUGCUCCCUGCCCCGUGCCCAGGAGCCCGCCCCCGAGGGGCCCUGCCAGCCCCCGCAGCGUUCCUGGGAGGAGGGGACCCUCUCCGACCUGGCGUUGUACACCGUGGCCUGCCUGGAAGAGGCUGGCCUGGCGGGGACGCAGGCAACAGCGCUCACCCUGUCCUCAGCCCUGGAAGCCCGCGGGGAGCGGCUGGAGGACCAGGUGCACGCCCUGGUGGCCGGGCUGCUGGCGCAGGUGCCCAGCCUGGCCGAGGGGCGGCCCCGGCGGGCUGCCCUGCGGGUGCUGAGCUCGCUGGCCCUGGAGCACUCGCAGGACGUCGUGCGCGCGCUGCUGCCGUGCUCGCUGCCCCUGGACCGGACGGCGGCCGAGCUGUGGCGCAGCCUGAGCCGGAACCAGCGCGUCAACGGGCAGGUGCUGGUGCAGCUGCUGUGGGCGCUAAAGGGCGCGGCCGGACCCAAGCAGCAGGCCCUGGCAGCCACUCGCGCCCUCGGGGAGAUGCUGUCCGUGUCCGGCUGCGUGGGCGCCACGCGGGGCUUCUACCCACACCUCCUCCUGGCGCUGGUCACACAGUUGCACGAGCUGGCCCAGAACCCACGCUCCCCUGAUACCCCCAGGGUUUGGGCCCCAUCCCAGCGGGGGCCGCCGCACAGCCACACCAGCUGCACGAUAGAGGCCCUGAAGGCCCUGCUCACUGGGGACGGCAGCCGCAUGGUGGUUACGUGCAUGGAGCAGGCGGGAGGCUGGAGGAGGCUGGUGGGAGCCCACACCCACCUGGAGGGUGUCCUGCUGCUGGCCAGCGCCAUGGUGGCCCAUGCGGACCACCACCUGCGGGGCCUGUUCGCUGACUUGCUGCCCAGGCUGCGCAGUGCCGACGACGCUCAGCGCCUUACGGCUAUGGCCUUCUUCACUGGGCUGUUGCAGAGCUGGCCCACCGCGCGGCUCCUUCGGGAGGAAGUCAUCCUAGAGCGGCUCCGCGCCUGGCAGGGAGACCCCGAGCCCACCGUGCGCUGGUUGGGCCUGCUGGGCCUCGGCCACCUGGCGCUGAACCGUGGGAAGGUGCGACACGUGACUGUGCUGCUGCCUGCACUCCUGGGCGCGCUGGGUGAGGGCGACGCGCGACUCGUGGGCGCAGCGCUGGGCGCGCUGAGGAGGAUCCUGCUGCAGCCGCGGGCGCCGGUGCGACGCUUGAGCACAGAGCUGGGGCCGCGUCUCCCUCCGCUGCUGGACGACGCCCGGGACUCAGUGCGUGCCUCGGCGGCGGGGCUCCUCGGGACGCUGGUGCGGCGGGGCCGGGGUGGGCUCCGGCUGGGGCUCCGAGGCCCCCUGCGGAAGCUGGUGCUGAAGAGUCUGGUGCCGCUGCUGCUGCGCCUGCAUGACCCCAGCCUGGAUGCUGCUGAGAGCUCAGAGUGGACGCUGGCCCGCUGUGACCGAGCCCUGCGCUGGGGCCUGCUGGAGGAGGUGGUCACGGUGGCCCACUACGACAGCCCUGAGGCCCUAAGCCGCGUCUGCCGCCGCCUGGUUCAGUGGUACCCGAGCCACGUGCCCCGCUUCCUGAGCCAGACGCAGGGCUACCUGAGGAGCCCACAGGAACCCCUGCGCCGGGCAGCCGCCGUGCUCAUCGGCUUCCUUGUCCAUCACAGCAGCCCGAGCCGCAUCAGCCAGGACCUGCUGGACUCCCUGUUCCACGACCUAGGGCAGCUGCAGAAUGACCCCGAGCCGGCCGUCGUCGCCGCUGCGCAGGUAUCCUCCCAGCAGGUGGCGCUGCUGGCCCGCGCACAGGCCUGUGGGUGGGGCCUGCGCUUCUCCCGUCUCCGCCUGCGCCCCGCCCGCCGCGCCCGGCCCCCGCCAGUCUACCCGGAAAGCCCCUUCCAGCGCAGGAGCCUCUCAGGUCGCUGGAGCUGUUCUGGCGCGGGCUGA